GUAAGCAAUGUUGAAACAGCAGAAGGUGACAAAAAUUAUGGCCAUUUGUCGAAAUGUUUUCGAACCGAUUUUGAAGGUUCGAUGAUCUCUGGUGCACUGCAAGUUGCUGUGGAUGAUGUGAAUGCGGAUCCCGCAUUGCUUCCAAAACAUAAACUUACAUAUAUUUUCAAUAAUACAUGUGGCGAUGAACUACAAAGUUAGUAUCCAACAUUCGCAAGGACAGUGCCAGCUCAAACCGAAAUAACAGCGGCACUGGUUGCUCUUUUUAAGCAUUUUAAGUGGCGAAAAUUCUCAAUCAUCUAUGAAAAGCAUGCUACCAACGAAGAACUUUUCAGCUCGAUUAAGAGUGCGAUUGAGAAACAAAAUUUGGGUUUAAAUGCGGGCGAUAUACGUUACACAAUAAUGAAUGUGAGUACUGUACCGCAUCCGUUCUCCGAAAUCGAACAAAGCAACGUGGAACAGAUCAUCUCUCAUACCCUCUCUUCAACAAGAAUUUAUCUGACAUUUGGAAAUGUUCGUUUAUUUCGUCGGAUAUUGCUGGAAAUGGGAGCGCAGGGUCUGAUGGAAUCAGGAGAUUAUGUGCUAAUUUAUCUGGAUCCCGAUUAUAACUGGCUUAACACCUAUCAUGCAAUGAAUAAUCAUUUCUUUCGAGAUACGCUGGUUUCGGUGCAGCAAUCGUGGGAUGAUUUGAAUUCACAAGAUCGAAAAGUGGUAAAUUUUUCGAAAUCAGCCCUGGCAAUCAUACCAACACCUGUACAGCUGAAUGCCCCUGAAUUCACAGCUUUCUGGCGUAAAGCUAAUCAACACUUAUCAUUGUUUGGCGUUAAACGACACAUCACAUCCUCUUCUAUCAAAGCAAAUCGUUUUGCGUGUUAUCUGUACGAUGCAGUGAAGUUGUACGCAGCAGCAUUGACAUUGGUUAUGAAUGAAACAACAUCUGAACAACUGGCUGGUGGAUAUGAUCCAGUCUCGGAUGGGAAGCGUAUUAUCAGUCAUGUCCUAGGACGCGGUAAUUACACAUUGUUGUCGCUGCAAGAAGUGCAGCCCGUGAUGGAUUUGAAUAAUCCAGACUAUUAUCCACUCAACCAUGGGCUAUCGAUAACAGCUGAUUUUGUUCAUGAUUCGGGUGGUGAGAUUCCGAUAAUUCGUUUCAAGCGCAACAUAAAAUGGCCAGCUGGGCAAGUACCGCUUGAUGAACCGUUAUGUGGUUUUCGUGGUAAAAAGUGUAAAAAAGUGAAGUUGUACGCAUCGGCACUGACACUGAUUAUGAAUGAAACAACGCCUGAACAGCUGGCUGGUGGAUAUGAUCCAGUCUCGGAUGGGAAGCGUAUUAUCAGUCAUAUCCUGGGACGCGUUUAUCGAAGUAUUCAAGGAUUUGAUAUGCAUAUCAACAGUAAUGGAGAUACACAGGGUAAUUACACAUUGUUGUCGCUGCAAGAAGUGCAGCCAGUAAUGGAUUUGAAUAAUCCGGACUAUUAUCCACUUAACCAUGGGCUAUCGAUCACAGCUGAUUUUGUUCAUGAUUCUGGUGGUGAGAUUCCGAUAAUACGUUUCAAGCGCAAUAUAAAAUGGCCAGCUGGGCAAGUGCCGCUUGAUGAACCAAAUUAUAAAUUUGAGAAAGAACUUGCAAGUAUUUGGAAGAUUGAUCAACGUGAAAUCGAAAAAAUUGUGCAGUGUUACGAGUCGGCCACUUCGCUGUAUAUCGUGGAAGACAGUCAGAACGGCGAUGAUUACAGCCAGGAGAAACGCUGGCCAAGCCUGUGUGGUGUUGCACUGUAUAAAGGCGCUGUUGUUUCGAUCGACGAGAUCACGUAUCCACGAAAAACGAAAGAAUUGACUCGAACUGCUAAGCUGGAAAUGAGGAUUAUGCGUCAGUUGCAUCAUGAUAAUGUAAAUUCAUUCAUGGGUGAGUUAAAUUCGGAAAAUUCAGCUUUUUCGUGA